UUUAUUCAUUCCAUGCGACUGCAGAGUUUCGUGACUUGCCGUGACACCGCACAACGCCCGGAGGAAGCACACGACGAAGAAGACUACCGAGAUCCCAAGCAAUAACAAUCAACCUCCAGAGCCAUGGCUUCGACUGAGACAACAGCAGCAGCUGCUGCUCCGGCUAGCAAUAGCACUGCGGCAUCCACUGCUUCACCCACGAUCACGGCUGCUACGGUCACGGCCACUGCUGCCACGGCCACUACUGCCACGGCCACUGCUGCCACGGCCACUACUCCUCCUCCUCCUCCUCCUCCUCCUCCACAGUUAGCCGGCCAGAAGAGGAGUGCUCCUUCGUCGAAUACCAACAGCAACGGCGGCCCCAGCUUCAGGGCCGUCAAGCGUCGAGCCUCAAAGGCCUGCCAGUGCUGCCGCGCACGUAAGGUCCGCUGCAACGUGGUCGAGCACGGUGCGCCAUGCACCAACUGCAGACUGGACGAAGUCGAGUGCAUCGUGACCGAAAGCAAGCGAAGAAAGAAGAACUGGGGCCUGAAGUUGGAUGCUUCAAACAACCACAACCAUGGCCACAACCAUGACCACAACCACAGCAACGCAGAGGUCGUCGAUGUACACAACCAUGAUCGGAGACACUCUACUUCGCCAUCGGCCAUGUCGAUCGACGGCCAUUCCGAUAAGGAGACACCUGGUGGACAUGUUCCCCAUCUCAUCUACCAAACUCAGAGUCUCCGCCGCGCAUCGUUCGCUUCCUCCCACGGCUCGGUGCCGUCCCUGACAAACUCUCUCUCGACGAAUUCCUCGACCGCUUCUUCGUUCCCUCACAGGGCCUCGAUCGCCGGUUUCCCCAGCUUCGAGCUUCCCGGAUUCAUCAAGCCUACACCCUCGCGGAUUCCUGCUGAAGAUCUCGAGUACCUAUGGAGGAAAGGCGCUCUCACUCUGCCAGAGGAGCCACUUCGCUCCAUCUUGCUGAAGGCGCACUUUGACUUUGUGCACCCCUACAUGCCCCUCCUGGACAAGUCGCAAUUCAUCCGCAUCGUCAACACCGAGGACGGCAGUCAAGGAAAGACUGGGCUGUUGCUCUUCCAGGCCGUGAUGUUCUCCGGUACCGCGUUCGUGGGGAUGGAACACCUCCGGGCGGCCGGAUACGCGUCGCGCAAAGCCGCCAGGAAAGCCUUCUUCAUCAAGACCAGGCUGCUCUACGAUUUUGACCACGAACAGGACCGCAUGCUCCUCGUGCAGGCGCUCCUACUCAUGUCCUACUGGUACGAAACCCCCGACGACCAGAAGGACACCUGGCACUGGAUGGGAGUGGCCAUCUCGCUCUCCCACACUAUCGGUCUCCACCGCAAUCCUGCGAAAUCAAACAUGGACCCGAAUCGACAGAAGCUGUGGAAGCGCAUCUGGUGGAGUUGCUACAUGAGGGACAGACUGGUCGCCCUGGGCAUGCGCAGGCCGACACGGAUAAAGACCGAGGACUGCGACGUGCCGAUGCUCACCAUCGAAGACUUUGAAAUCGACAUCGGAUUCGACGAGAGCGAGGCUUUCUUCUGGACCGCCGAGCGGCGCGCACGCGAAGAGAAGGACGCCGAGCGACAGAAACAGCUAGCGGUGCUGUGCAUCGAAAAGGCCAAGCUCUGCGUGUGCAUCAGCCACGUGCUCACCGCGCAGUACUCGGUUCUGAACACUAAUCAGGGCUCCCUGACGGCUGACGGCAGCACGAGGACAACGAUGAUGCUGUUACCCAAGAAACUCGAGCCCGGAUGCGAGGAGGUCAAGGCUUGCGACGUCGAGCUCGAUGCCUGGAUCAACGAUUUGCCACCAGAGGCGGUUUACGGCACCCCUUGCAUCUCUGGGGCAGACCCUGUAUUGAUUCUGCACAAAGCGUUAUUGCACCUCAUCUACAACACUACCGUGAGCGCUUUGCACAGGCCGCAAGUUCUGCCGUCGACGCCGAACAACCCGCCGGUAACAAAGUCGGAACUGCAGGAAAUCUCUCGGAAGAAAGUCAGACAGGCUGCCUCCGAGAUUACCCGACUUGCCGACGAUCUCAUCGAGUUUGACUUGGUGAGGUUCUUGCCUACUACAGGCGUUACCGUCAUUCUUCCGGCUGUCAUCAUUCAUCUCCUCGACAUCAAGUCCUCCAACCCGGUGACUCGGGAGAUGUCGCUCGAGGGCUUCGCGCUCUGCAUGCAGGUGUUGCAGCGUCUGCGACAGACUUACUCCGCCGCGGACUAUGCUACCGGUUUCCUGGAGGCGGCAAUCAAGAAGGCCGGCAUCCCGGUCGAGAACCUCCGGAAGCACGCCAACCGACGCAGGGCCCGCUACCAGCAGAACCAGCUCGGACUGCAAAUCCCGUCAUCGCCCGGCGACUUCGGAUCCAUCGGCAAUGCCAUCUCGAUUCCCGCGACCGCCCCACCAUCCAACGCCGCGCUGACCCCCCCGCCGGACAUGGAGUCCCUGGACAUGGGCAUGUCGCAGUCGCAAGCCACCAACAUGCUCGACGAGUCGGACCUGCAGCUGAAGCUCGAGAGCUUCCUGCAGGCGCCGCCGUCGCCGCGCCACGACAAAGAUUCCCUGUCGCCCUUCUCGCUGCAGAAGCCGCUCUUUGGAAACAUGGACUCGGGCAUCCCGGACUUUUCGAUGCCCGAUGCCGACGGCGACAACCUCGAUGCCUUCCUCGGAGGCAACGGUGACUGCGAUCCCUUCCUGGGACACGAGGGCAUGCCCGGCAUGUUCUCGAUGAGCGGAAACAACAGCUCGUCGAAGGCGUUCGAGCUCGGCUCCGUGUGGACCGAGAAUGGACUCGAGGACAUGAGCAAGAUCUUGGAUGGCGUGGAUCUCUCGUUCGACGACGUGAUUCAGGUUCUUGAGACCGAGAUCAACUAGUCGGUAUCGUUUGGUAUUUAUGCUUUUUGGUUCUCACACUUUCGCUUGGGGGGGUUCAUUGUUUUUUUUUUGUGCAUGGCUUGCGGUUUGGGAUUUCAUUAUUUUUUCUUUUCUUCGCUUUAUGUU